CCCGCUGCUGCUCCUCGGGCUGCUGCUGCUCGGCUCCCGGCCGGCCCGCGGCGCCGGCCCCGAGCACCCCGCGCUGCCUAUCCGGUCCGAGAAGGAGCCGCUGCCCAUUCGGGGAGCAGCAGGCUGCUCCUUCGGCGGGAAGGUCUAUGCCUUGGACGAGACGUGGCACCCGGACCUGGGGGAGCCCUUCGGGGUGAUGCGCUGCGUGCUGUGCGCCUGCGAGGCGCUUGCCUUUGAGUCUCAACAAUUGAUGUCUUGCCCUCACCCGGUUUUCCGUCUUCUCUGUGAGCAGCCUCAAUGGGGCCGCCGCGCAAGGGGCGCAGGUAGGGUCAGCUGCAAGAACAUCAAACCCGAGUGCCCAACCCUGGCCUGUGGGCAGCCGCGCCAGCUGCCUGGACACUGCUGCCAGACCUGCCCCCAGGAGCACAGCAGUCCGGAAAAGCAGCCGACGGGCCUGGCCUUCGAGUAUCCACGCGACCCAGAGCACCGAAGCUACAGCGACCGCGGGGAGCCAGGAGCUGAGGAUCGGGGCCGUGGAGACGGCCACACGGACUUCGUGGCGCUGCUGACAGGGCCAAGGUCGCAAGCGGUGGCGCGGGCUCGAGUGUCGCUGCAGCGCUCCAGUCUGCGGUUCUCCAUCUCCUACCGGCGGCUGGACCGCCCUACCCGAAUCCGCUUCUCUGACUCCACUGGCAGCAUCUUGUUUGAACACCCUGCAGCCCCCACCCAAGAUGGCCUGGUCUGCGGGGUGUGGCGGGCAGUGCCUCGGUUGUCCCUGCGACUCCUUAGGGCAGAGCAGCUGUAUGUGGCACUUGUGACACCCGCUCACCCUUCAGGGGAGGUCUGGGGACCUCUCAUUCGGCACCGGGCCCUGGCUGCAGAGACCUUCAGUGCCAUCCUGACCCUGGAAGGCCCCCCACAGCCCGGCAUAGGGGGCAUCGCCCUACUCACUCUCAGUGACACAGAGGACUCCUUGCACUUCCUGCUGCUCUUCCGUGGACUCCUGGAGUCUAGGAGUGGGGGACCAGCCCAGGUUCCCCUGCGGCUCCGGAUUCUACACCAGGGGAAGUUACUUCGAGAGCUCCAAGCCAAUGCCUCAGCCCAGGAACCAGGCUUUGCUGAAGUGCUGCCCAACCUGACAGCCCAGGAGAUGGACUGGCUGGUGCUGGGGGAGCUGCAGAUGGCCCUGGAGAGGGCAAGUGGGCCAGGGCUACGCAUCAGUGGACAUAUUGCUGCCAGGCAGAGCUGCGACGUCCUGCAAAGUGUCCUUUGUGGGGCAGAUGCCCUGAUCCCAGUUCAGACGGGUGCAGCGGGCUCAGCCAGCCUUACACUGCUAGGAAACGGCUCCCUGAUCUACCAAGUACAGGUUGUAGGUACAGGCAGUGAGGUGGUGGCCAUGACACUGGAGACCAAGCCUCAGCGGAGGAACCAGCACACUGUCCUAUGCCACAUGGUUGGACUCCAGCCAGGAGGACACAGGGCCGUGGGUAUCUGCCCUGGGCUGGGUGCCCGGGGGGCUCAUAUGCUGCUGCAGAACGAGCUGUUCCUGAACGUGGGCACCAAGGACUUCCCAGAUGGAGAGCUGCGGGGCCACGUGGCUGCCCUGCCCUACAGUGGGCACAGCGCCCGCCAUGACACAUUGCCUGUGCCCCUGGCAGGAGCCCUGGUGUUGCCCCCGGUGCAGAGUCAGGCAGCAGGGCACGCCUGGCUCUCUCUGGACACCCACUGUCACCUGCACUAUGAAGUGCUGCUGGCAGGGCUUGGUGGCUCAGAACAGGGCACCAUCACUGCCCACCUCCUCGGGCCUCCUGGAAUGCCGGGGCCCCGGCGGCUGCUGAAGGGAUUCUACGGCCCGGAGGCCCAGGGUGUGGUGAAGGACCUGGAGCCCGAGCUGCUGCGGCACCUGGCUCAGGGCUCUGCCUCCCUGCUGAUCACCACCAAGGGGAGCCCUCAAGGGGAGCUGCGAGGGCAGGUGCACAUUGCCAACCAAUGCGAGGUGGGCGGCCUGCGCCUGGCGGCAGCAGGGGACAAAGAAGUGCAGGCGCCUGGGGCUCUGGAGGCAGUGGCGGCCAUGGUGGCCCCACUGCCCGCUGUGCCGGGCCCAGACACCCCAGCGCCAGCCAAACCAGGUGGCCCCGGUCGGCUUCGCGACCCCAACACCUGCUUCUUCGAGGGGCAGCAGCGCCCCCAUGGGGCUCGCUGGGCUCCUAACUAUGACCCGCUCUGCUCGCUCUGCACCUGCCAGAGACGCACGGUGAUUUGUGACCCUGUGGUGUGCCCGCCACCCAGCUGUCCAAGCCCGGUGCAGGCACCGGACCAGUGCUGCCCUGUGUGCCCGGAGAAACAAGAUGUCAAAGACCUCCCCGGGCUGCCAAGGAACAGGGACCCUGGCGAGGGCUGCUAUUUUGAUGGUGACCGGAGCUGGCGGGCAGCAGGCACCCGGUGGCACCCUGUCGUGCCCCCAUUUGGCUUAAUUAAGUGUGCUGUCUGCACCUGCAAGGGGGACACCGGAGAGGUGCACUGUGAGAAGGUGCAGUGUCCCCGGCUGGCCUGUGCCCAGCCUGUCCGUGCCAACCCCACUGACUGCUGCAAGCAGUGUCCAGUGGGUUCAGGGGCGCACCCCCAACUGGGGGAUCCCAUGCAGGCUGAUGGGCCCCGAGGCUGCCGUUUUGCAGGGCAGUGGUUCCCAGAGAGCCAGAGCUGGCACCCUUCAGUGCCCCCCUUUGGGGAGAUGAGCUGUAUUACCUGCAGAUGUGGGCAGGCAGGGGUGCCCCACUGUGAGCGGGAUGACUGUUCACCGCCACUGUCCUGCGGCCCAGGGAAGGAGAGCCGCUGCUGCUCCCACUGCACACCCCGGCGGCGGUCAGCCCCAGAGACCAGGACAGUCCCAGAGCUUGGGAAAGAAGAUGAAGGCUCCUAGGGAGCAGCCAGAAAGCCGCAUGACCAAGAGGAUGGGGCCUGGGCCGAGGGAAGGAGGGGCACCGAGGACCCCGCGUUCUCCUGCGGGAAACCCAGUGCCUUUGGCCCCUCUCUUCUGCCUCUUCUCCCUCCCCCACUACCUCUGGGAACCACAACUCCACACGGGGGAGGGGCAGCCAGGGCAGACCUAGGCCGUGUCCACUCCAACUCUGGCCUUGUCACCCUCCGGUCCCUGCCUUGGAAGCCCAACCACUUUCCUUCUGUACAUACUGUCACUGGCUUGUUGGGAUUUUUAAUUUAUCCUCACUCAGCACCAAGGGUCCCCCCCCCACUUCACUCCUGCUGCCCCUGAGCUGAGCAGAGUCAUUAUUGGAGAUUUUUGUAUUUAUUAAAACUUGUUUUUUUCCAGUC